AUCCGACGCGAGGGGCGUGGCCGCGGCGGGACUUAAGGCUUUGCCGGGGACGUGGGCCGGGCGGACGCGGGCGUGACGUGAAAAAGCGAAAUGACGUGUCCCUGCGUGCGGGGCGUGGCAAGCCGUAAGGGGGCGUAGCCAAGAUGGCCGCGCGCAUGAGCUUGUCUUCCCGGUAGCGAGCGGAGGGGUUCGCGCUCAGGGAAACGUUCGGGUCAUUAGGUUCCUUCAAGUUAUUUGGGAACUGAUCAAGGUUUCAAGCUAAAGAUGGAGGUGAUGAAUCGCCUGAGGGUCAUUGUCCAAACCUCUCCGUGCAAGUCACUGUGGAGAAGAUUCCAGAUUCCGAGGUCCAUGCCAGUGAGGCCUUGCAGCCUUUACACCUGCACUUACAAAACCCGGAACCGAGCCUUGUACCCACUCUGGGAGAGCGUGGACCUGGCCCCGGGGGACGAGCGCCAGUCGCCCAUCAACAUCCGGUGGAGGGACAGUGUCUACAAUCCCGGCUUAAAACCGCUCACCGUCUCUUAUGACCCGACCACCUGCCUCCACAUCUGGAACAACGGGUACUCUUUCCUCGUGGAGUUUGAAGAUUCUGCAGAUAGAUCAGCUGCACUUGGUGCAUCAGAGUGCAGUCAAAUUUGAAAGCUUUGAGAAUGCAGCAACUGGAGGAAGGAGGAUGGUAUGGCUAUUAUACGAAUAUUUU